AAAAUUAUGUCCUAAUUUAGCAGCAAUAAAGCCCUACACUGGGCCUAAAUUGCAUUGCGGAAACAGUUCAAAUUGCUGCCGUUCCCAAACUUGAGCUACCAAAACAAAUAAAUUUUGUGUUUUAAGGGUAAGUUUCUGGCAUGCACUUAUUCACUUUGUGUUAUAAGCGGAUCGCGUAGACUUCAAAUGUGCUAUGUGGUUUGCUGAAAUCCAAAGCCUAAGCCUCCAAACAAAUGUGUAAUAACUGGAAGUACCCGAGUUUUCAAGCUCAUUGAUUUCUGUUUGACAUAUUGGUGGCUUUCAUGAAAUUCAGCUCCACCAUUCCGUUCCCAUGCGUUCAUACUUGGUUCAAAUCACUUCCACAAUUGCCGAGCUUGCAAAAUCAGGAAGCAUAUUGUUGGCUCGCAAGUUGUUCGAUGAAAUGCCUCAUAGAGAUACAAUCGCGUGGAAUGCAAUGAUAAGCGCAUAUUCGUAUCUGACCUUCUACCAAGAAGCACUCUCAUUGUUUAGCAGCAUGAGAGUUAGCAAUGUAGAGCACGAUCACUUCACUCUCACCGCUGUGUUAAGUGCCUGUGGGGGAGUAAAAGAUAUAAAAUAUGGGCGAAGGCUUCAUGCUCUUGCUAUUGUUUCAGGGUGCAAUUCAUUCUUGCCUGUGAAUAAUGCGUUCACUGAUAUGUAUGGCAAAUGCUUAAGUGCUCAAGAAGCGCAUAAAGUGUUUGAGGAGAUGGCGUUUAGGAAUGAAGUUUCUUGGUGUUCGCUAUUGUUUGCUUAUGUAAAUGUUGGUCUUCUUGAUGUUUCACGUAGCAUUUUUUAUGAUAUGCCGAGAAGAGUGGUUAUAGCUUGGAAUACUGUUAUUGCUGGUUACGCAAAGUGGGGCGAAGCCGAAAUUUGUUUAGAUUUCUUUAAGAAGAUGUUGGAGGAUUCUUGCUGCCCUGACAAGUGGACUUUAAGCGCAGUUAUGAAUGCUUGUUCUGAAAUGACCGCACCAUGUUAUGGUUGUAUGCUGCAUGGUUUUAUCAUCCAAAGUGGCUGGAAUUCUGCACUGGAGGUUAAUAAUUCAGUUCUUAGUUUCUACGUAAAAUUUGGUGAGGAAGAUGAGGUUCUAAGGGCAGUUGAGGCUGUUGGAAUGUUUAAUGAGGUCUCUAGGAAUCUUAUUAUUGAUGCUUAUAUGAAGCUAGGUAAUCUUGAGGAGGCAUAUCUUGUGUUUGGGUGUGCGCCCGGGAGAAAUCUUAUAUCAUGGACAUCAAUGAUAACUGGAUGCAGGAGAAAUGGGCAUGGAGAACAUGCUAUAAGGUGUUUUAUUGACCUGAUGGGAAGUGGUAUUCAACCGGAUGAUGUUGCGUUUGGAGCCGUUUUACAUGCUUGCUCUAACUUGGCGACACUCAACCAUGGAAGAAUGGUCCAUAGCUGUGUGGUUCGGUCUGGUUUUCAUGCUUAUGCUUAUGUUGGCAACGGCCUGGUGAACAUGUAUGCUAAAUGCGGGGAUAUUUGCAGUUCGCAUAGAGCUUUUAAUGAUGUUCUUUACAAGGACUUGGUUUCGUGGAACACAAUGUUGUUUGCAUUUGGAUUGCAUGGCCGCUCUGUCCAAGCUCUACUUGUUCUUGAAGAAAUGGUAGCCUCCGGGGUGAAGCCAGACAAGGUAACAUUCAUAGGUUUAUUGAUGACAUGUAGCCACUUGGGGCUGAUUGACGAAGGCCUCUGCUUUUUUGAAUCAAUGACUUCACACUAUGGCCUAUCUCCUGAAAUUGAUCACAUAGCUUGCGUGGUAGAUAUGCUAGGUCGAGGUGGAAAACUGGAAAAAGCAGAAGAAUUAAUGAAUAAAUAUAUAGAAGCAAACAAUGUGAAGGUCAGCUCCUUGGAAGCUCUCCUUGGAUCUUAUUCUUCUCAAGGCGAUUUAACAAUGGGAGCAGAGUUGGCGGAACAGCUGAAGAUUUUGAAGCCUCGUGAUGAGAUGUGCUAUGUGUUGUUGUCAAACUUGUAUUGUGCUAGUGGCGAGUGGAAACAAGCAGAGAUUUUGCGGAAGGCAAUGGCGGUUCAAGGCGUUAAGAAAACACCUGGUUGCAGUUGGAUUGAAGUAAGAAAUCAGGUUACAGCUUUUGUGGCAGGAAGCUAUUCCUUUCCUGAUAUGGAAGAGGUGCAUAUGAUGGUAUAUAUUCUUGAAUCUGAAAUAAGAUAUCCAAUGUCUGUUCUUUGCUCAGAUGGCACAACUUGGAAUUCUUUAGCAUGAGACAUGUUCUACCUGAGUGUAUCAUCCAUAAACAGUCUUGGCUUGUGAUGGUGAAAAUCAGCACAUUUGGAAUAAAAACAAAAAGACGAGAUUCAGUUCUUGAUCAGGUCAGCUUGGUAUGUGUACUAUGGUUUUUCAGAAGCUCACGAUGCUUAUUAAGCAAACUGAAGUAUAUUAUACUCACUUUAAGAAAACAUUAACGGGGGACAGAAGGGAUACAACUCCAAAAUGGAACAAGAAAAAUGUCUAUUUGCCACACUAAUUUAUACAAAUUUCUACUACCUUAAAAGCCCCUAGAUGCAGCAUGGAUGCCAAUAGGGUGGGUGGUAUUUACUAAUGUCAACUAGCUGGGGGCUUCAGAAACAAAUAUGCCGUCCCUUUGAAUGCACUUGAACUGUCUGGAGUAGCCGCUGAAUAGACAAACUUUGCAGCAGGGUAGGGGCAUCUAAUAUGUGCCAAGUUCCUGUACUCUUUGCGGACGAGCCAAGUGUGUUUACACUACCAAGAACCAAUAUAUUCAGCCGAUUUCUUGUCUCAGCAAUCGCAAUCAUGCAGGGUUAGACGAUUGAGGAACAUGUACACGCCAGGAAAAUACUUUCAUAUACAAAGAGUUAAGGAGUACAGCAAUUCCAAGUCCCAAGAACGAUGAGAUCAAGAUUGCAUAGAUUGGAGGCAAGUGAA